AUGUCCCCUGGCCUGGCCUGGGGGCGCCGAGGUAUUGCCUUUCCCAUUAAUCAGGCCAUUUUAGCCAGGUUUUUGGGGUUUCCUAGGACCGGGGCACACCGCCCUGACUGGGGCCAAUCCGGCUUCAGCAUGCCGUUGACGGGCCGGAAAGGUCCUUUAUCAGCCUCGCUUGAAUACAUGCACUUGACUGUGUACGAAUUCAUCCGUGUCGUGUUGCUGGCCAACAGCCAGCUCAAAACCCUGAUUUACAGCACAUUUGACGAUUUUUCCUGGGCAGUCGAGCUGUCUCUUCUCUACCAAAACCGCCAUGGAUCCCCCCCCCAAGCCCGACCUGAUGCCCAGCUGCCCCGACUUAAGAUCUACAACAGCCUGACCAAGAGCAAGGAUGACUUUGUCCCAGUCGACCCGACAGGGACGGUGGUGACGUGGUACGCGUGUGGCCCGACAGUGUACGAAGAUGCCCAUCUGGGCCAUGCCAAGAACUACGUCUCGACCGACGUCAUCCGCCGGAUCAUGAGGGACUACUUCGGUUUCUGCGUCAGUCCCGAGACAACAGCAACAACAACAACGCAUGAGCUUACCAUCGGAGACCAGCAAUUCUUAAGCUCCCUCGAGAAGGCGAAAGCCGAUGUCCAUACAGCUCUCUGCGAUUCCUUCAACACCUCAGCUGUUAUGAGAAUCCUCUCUGAUCUCGUUACCGAGUCUAACUCGGCAGAGGCACUUUCAGAUCAAACAGUCAUAUUGCUUACCUGGUGGAUAACACGCAUUGUCACAAUAUUUGGUCUGGAUCCCGAGGGAGAUCUCAGCAACGUGGACCGCAUAGGGUGGUCCAGCCUCGAUAUUCCUGCGUUAGCAAAGCCUUAUAUCCACCCUGCAUCUCAAUUGCGCGACAAGGUUCGAACCUUGGCCUGUUCCGGCUCGGUGGAUCAUACAGCCAUUGCGAGGCUCGCUGACGGAAUUACAAUCGCUGCGUCAGCACUAGUGGUCGAGUCCUCCGCACCAUACGAUCAAAUGCUGCAGCAGUUCCGCACCAACGUCAAGCCCUCGCGGCCCAGCAAUCGCCAGCAAAAGAGCAUCUAUCUCGAGGACCGUGAGGAACCCCAACCAGCUCUGGUACGGCCGCUCGAUAAGUUGAUCAUAGAGGCGCGAACGGAGCGGGAAUCAACUGGCACUGCGAAGACGAAGGCCACGCUGGAACAGAAGGCCAAGGAUGCUAAGAGGGAGAAGGAGCUGCACGAGUGCGCCAAGCGGCAUCCCAUCCUGGACGCAGCGGGGAAUGUGGUGUCCAAGAAUAGGCGCAAGAAGCUGGUCAAAGAGUGGGAGAAAAAGAAAGAGAUGCACGAAGAAUGGCUGGCAAAGCAGCAGGCAGCAUAA